CCAGUAUAUUUAGUAAACGGCAAUACUCAUAUUAACUUGGAUUCAGACAUGCUUAACAGUCACAAAAACAUUUUUUACUGUAGAUAUUAAUAUAAAAUCUACAGUAAAUUCAAUUUGUCUCUGAUUUUUUUUUUGCAAGGAGGAAACAGAAAAUAUUUGAAAAGAUUCAUUUUUAGAAAAUGAUGCAAUAAUAACUGCUUUACUGAGCUUGUUUUUUUUAAUUAAUAAAGUUCCUUUUUUCAUGUAAUAAUAAGAUUAUUAUUAAUUAUCCACACAGAUGUUGGAAGUAGUUUUUUUUUCUGAAGAACAUUUCUUUUUAAUAGAAUUCAAUUCUACUGAAGCCAUUAUUUUCCAUAUUUUAAUUAGACUUUUGGGGUUUUGUCAGUAAUGUCAGUUUUCCAUUGUUUAAAACAUGUUAUCACAUAUGCAUCAGCAAGAAACUGAACAGUUUCUAUUUUCACUGCCUUCUUCCACAGAAAGGCUUCACAAAAACAAAUGCAGUAUUAAGGCUUUGUGAUUAAUAACAACUUUUCAUUAAAACGUAGGUGCAAGAAUAUGCAAAUGUUCUUCCAAAAUCUUACAAUGCAAGAAGAGAAGUGUAUGAAAACAACCACAACAUUAACACAAUAGAAAUACUUAAAGAAAGCCAUUAAUAAUCAGAAAAAUUUUUUACUAAUUGAUUAAAGAUACAUUCCUUUUUAUUAAAGAAUAAAGAGUGAAUGCAGCUUUGUAUUUAUGGAAACUAAUGUGUACAGUUUCUAUUAAAACAGCCCCAUAUCCCUUGAGCUCUUUCACAUUUUGUCACCUUACCAUCACAAACUUUAAUGUACUUUAUUGGGAUUUUAUGUGAUGAGCCAACACAAUGUAGGUCAUAAACAUGAUGAGAAGAAAAAUUAUGCAGGGCUUGCAAAUAAUUCUGCUGCCGCUACACCUACUGGACCAGGUGGUGUCUGAAGAUCAAUUUUCAAUUCUUACCAAACAUUCCUCAUUGAAUUUAAUUACAGACUUUAUUUGGGCCAUUGUAACACAUGAAUAUGCUUGAUCUAAAGUAUUCUUUGGUAAUCCGGCUGGAUUGUUAGGGUCGUGUCCAGUCCUGGUUUUUAUUCAGCCCAGAAUAUGUGUUGACUUUUAGCCCGAAGAUCCUGUCCAAGUUUAGCUUAAACAAAGACACUGAAAGUGAGGCUUAGUUAGCCUGCUUCAUUACCCAACCACCUUUCAACCUGCCGGUUCAAUCAUUCAAUAAACCUUUAUAGAGAUUUACACACCCAAGUGACCAAAGCGCUGCACAGGUCCAAAAAUAAACAGAAGACAAAAACAUAAAAAUGACCAAAAGGACAGGAACACCAAAAAUACCUCAAAUGACCAAGAAGAACAGAACUGCUAAAUACAAUCAAACAGUAAGAAAAAGAAAAAAAAACUAAUAAUUAAAAGCAGACUGAUACUGGAAUUAAAAGCCAAGUUAAAAAGAUGAGUUUUUAAAUGGGACAUAAGACGAGUCCUAGGAACAUCUAAAAGCAACAGAAGUUCAAACUUCUCCUUGGAACAUGCAUGUGCAGAAACUCUGGUAGGCCAGGUAAGAGGUGCCUGACUGUUUAAACACUUAAAAGCAAAAAUUUAAAUCUUAAAAUCAGUCCUUAAACGUACAGGCAGCCAAUACAGGGAGGAUAAUAUGGGGCCUGUUAAUUAUACCUUGAAGACUAUAUUGUUUUUCUUCCCCUUCAGAGUUUUGCUACAAAACGUUUUGUUCUUGAAAAACCAGGGUUGCCUAAUGUAAAUAGGCUCAGCCUGACCAAGAACUGGACAGACAGACUCAUGAUAACAGAGGAUAAAUGGACAUUCCACAGAGCGCAAAAAAGUACUGAGGGGAAAACACCCCUUACACCGCUUACUCUGCUUCUGAGAGUACCCUGUUACUUCUGUAUUGUUUGUACUUCUGUGGUUUCUCUUUUUCAAAAAUAUUACUACUUUGCCAGCGCAUGCAAACAAAGAACAUAAUGGAAUCACAAGAAAGAAAACAUGGGCCAGGCAUCUUCACUCUCCUCCACCCGCUGUCAGUUUUCUUACGUAUAUCUGACACAGAGAGAGAAUCCACGGCGUCAUCAAACUCAAACCACAACUCAAUAUUAAUUCCAUAUUGGGGGGGGCAGUUUAAUUCGGUAUUGUGAAGAAAAUGCACACAAAUAAAACAUGGUGAUUUACUGCAUUUAGGCAAUUAAAUGGAAAUUUCUAAUUUUAGUUCUUGUAAAUAGUACAUAUACACAACCAGUAUAUGUACUGAAAAAAAUUUAACAACUACAAUAAUAAUAAAAAUCGUAAUGACUCAAUAUUAUUACUGAGGGUAAUGUUUGAUUAGUAAUUGAGGACACAUCAUUCAAAAAUGAAGCGUUAUAUUUUAAUGCAUUUAGGCAUUCUAAAAAUAAAAUGAUGUUAAUAUCUUAGCUUAUAUACAGUUUUAACAACAAUAUUAAUAUUAUUAAUAUUAAUAAUAAUAAUAUUUGAAUGGUUUCUCUGAAACAUUUUUUUUAAAUCAAUAGUAAAGACCUCAUGGGAGGAGCCCUCCCCAUUAAAAAAUUUCCCCGCAUGUAUGAAGUAUCUUUAACCGUUUCCCUUCCAGUAAGUCUCCUCCCUUUUAAUUCUAGCACAAUUUGGGUAUAAAUUGGCUGCAGAGAUGAACCCCAAAACAUGCACUUGUGAGCUUUCCAGCAAUAUCCUGCAAGAGGCAUUUUUGUCCUGUCGGAAAUCCACUGAACCCACUGAGCCGCGUCUUCACUUCUCUGAGGGUCCACUCUUCAUUUUUUUUUCUCUGCAGUGUUUAUCCGCCUUGUCCAGCAGCAGCAGUAUGACUCCUCGGUCUCUCAUCCUGUGCGUCCUGUUCCUGAUGUCCUUCUUGAAUUCUGCGUGGUGCGUUCCCAUGUGCAACAACCGGUGCUGCCGCUUCGUGGAGGAAUUCCCUGUCAGGCUGAAGAAGCUCAGGCAGGACUAUUCACAGCUCAGAGAUUUCUAUGAAGCAAACGACGACUUGGAUGAGGCACUGUUAGACCAGACCGUCGAGGAUUCCUUUAGGAGCCAGUUUGCCUGCCAAGCCAUGAACAGCAUCCUUGACUUUUACCUGAGCACGGUUCUGCCAACUGCCAUGGACGGAAUGACUAAAGAAACCGCAAAUUUGAAACCUCAUGUGGAGUCCAUACAGCAGAUUUUCGAUAAGCUCAAGAGGGAUGUCAAUAAUUGUAAAAAUUACUUCUCCUGCAAGAAGCUGUUUGAUAUCAAUAGCCUACAUUUGACCUAUGCACAGAUGGAGAGUAAAGGUGUUUUUAAGGCAAUGGGGGAGCUGGGCCUGUUGUUUAACUACAUUGAGACGUACCUGGCAUCUAAACGGCAUAGAAACCAAUAGUGAAGACCAGCUGACUUUAUUGAGACUAACAAGCAUCUACUUCAACUUGUCCAGAACUAUGAAUGUAAUUAUAGACCUGCUGAACUGUCUUUGUUUUUCAAAGAUUGUUGUUUACUUGUUUUUGUCCCAAGGACAAGUUUUUGUUUGAAAACUGUGAUCUGUUGCACACAGAAAUAUAGAAUAACUGUAUUUUUCAGUAUGAAGGAUAUUUAUUUAUUUGCAUGUGUCAUAUAAUGUAUUUUGAUAUUUAUUGCCUGUUUUCUACUUUAUUAAAAAAAUAAAGAUUAUAAAAAAGGGCAAGUUUCUCUGCUGACUUUAUUUACCAAGAUGAUAAAACUGCCAUCAUGUGAUUGUAUGUUGGAAUGACUAACAGGGAAAUAUAUACUUUUUCACAUCCUGCAGAUUGAAUACAUGCAGAACCAGUGUGUAAACUAGACAUGCUGAUGCACUAACCUCAAACAUGACCCAUAUACAUCACUUACCAGCAGCAGAUCGAGCCUGUGUGUCAACUUACCGUAACUGUAACUAGCCAGCCUCACCCUCAUGGCAUAUGCACACUUGCACACAAACACAUGCAUGCAGAAAGAAUCUCGCUUAGUCACACACACAUUUAUAUAGCAGAAGUAUCGCGUGGGCUUUAAAUCAACCCUGCAUUGAAAAGUGGGAAAUGUAUAGUCUUAGUUAGCCUCUUUGAAUUCAGUUCAAAACAAUGAAACCACUUAACUUAAACUAUUUAAUUUGGCCUUUCAUUAUAUGUCAUGAUACUUCUUGAUGUUAUUCUUCGAAUGCUUUUUUUCAGUGAAAUUUUAAUUGCUUUGUGUAUAAAUCGUGCCAUACAUAAAAUCGACAUUGCUUUGGCACACAAGUUUGCUUUGCAUCUUGCAGAAGCAUUGUUUAAAUUUUAUGUAGCGGUAUCGCUCUGACAGAAGUGUCUGUAAGCUCAUGAUUUGGCUCUCUCUAUACUUGACUCAGGGCUUUGCACUGAAACUACUCUAUGGCGUCUCCUCGGUCAUUUGUUUAGUCAGUGUGGGCUGAUUUGAGUAGUAUCAUUCCUGCAUUGACAGUACUUAUGAAAAAGCUAUCAUUCAUAACAUCAGUACUACAAACGUAAACCCUUUAUUUUUACCCACAUUAACUGCAGCUUUUUCAGAUGUAUAAAAAAUAAAUAAAAAAUGAACAAGAGUUUACACUUUAAUACUGCUUAAACACAUAGCAAGAGUUUCAAGAGUUGUUGAAGUCAGUAUGGCCACAUGUGGCUGUUAUGGAAUGAGUGUAAACCUCUGCUCAGACACCAAUGUUUUCAAAGCAGGGUGGGAAAAAGGAUCUCACAAGUCAAAAGAUGGAGACUCUAAUAAGCAUCUAGCAAAUGCUGAAAUAAUGACAGUAUCUAUUUUCAUUAAAGCCAAAAGACCUUGUAACUUUACAUGCAAAACAUUUCUUUGCCUUUCUGAAGAAAAGCAAUAGUUUAUUUUUUAGAAGAGGUUCGGCAAAGUCUUCAUGUGCAGUCACAAUCUUACUCAUUAGAGAAACCAGCCAGAAUGUACAGGAAAGAAAUCCUGGAUGUACAUAAACUCUACAUGCAAUGUUAUAAACAAUUAGUACUAAUGUGGAAAACUACACCACUGCUUUUAUUUUUCAUAACUUUGCCCCACCAACUUUUGCAUAGUAUUACUUAUUUAGUGGAGCAGUUGUUAGCAUUGUUACCUUGCAGCAAGAAUGUCCUAGGUUUGAAUCCCCCAGGCGGUGUUCUUUCUACAUGGAGUUAGCAUGUUUUCUUCAUUCAAGUGUAGGUUAUCUCCAGGUACUACAGCUUCUUUCCACAGUGUAAAAAAUAUGCAUGUUAGGUUAAUUGGUCACUCUAAAUUGCCCUUAGGAGUGUGUGUGUGUGUGUGUGUGUGUGUGUGUGUGU